AGCCUAUAAGACAUGUGACCAACAUAGCGAACCAGAGAGGCCAACAUUUCAUUUGCAAUGAAUAAAACAAUUUAGCAUCAUUUUACGGGCUUUCGGGGAACAAUCCGUUCGCCUAAUUUACAGAGGGGUUUUAUACGCAUGCGCUUUCUGCCCAUCGAAUUCAUAUUCAACAGAAUCGUCUCUUCAUUAACACACACAGUCUUCCUCUUGACAUGCUGCACCGCAGUAUGGCAUCGAGCGGCUAUUUGAAAGCGGUGAUGCUGCUCUUGGCCGUGCAGAUGCUGUCUUUUAGGCCAGGCUUUAGCGAGCAGGAGACAGGGACGGUAAUACCUGCCGAAAGUCGUCCCUGUGUGGACUGUCAUGCAUUUGAAUUCAUGCAGAGGGCACUGCAAGACCUCAAGAAGACUGCUUUCAACCUCGAUGCCCAGACUGAGACCCUGGUGUUGAGGGCAGAGAGGCGAGCCCUGUGUGGAUGCAUGCCCACUAAUACCCUGCACUGAGUUAAGCAGUGAUGUGACCUCACCAUGGCAACCGACUCCACACCCACUAUUACCGGACACCCUCUUUAAACUACUACAAACAAUGCCUGGACUAGGCAGAUGUGUCUGAGCCUUCUUCUAUGGAAUAUUGUAAAAAAAAUAAAAAAUAAAGUUUCAUAAUUUGUACAA